AUGGAUUUCACAAAGUAUGGAGAUACAGUUAACUACUCGACUUUCAUGAACAACAUGACCGAAUUGUAUAAAGAACUUUUUACAACGAGAAACUACAACAAGGCUUUAUCACCGGUAUUCCUGAAUGGUGGACGAAAAAAUGCUACUUCGAAUCCUUUGGUCAUUCACUUUACUCUCUUUUACAUGAAGAUGUUUUUCUUAGAUGCUGAAAGUCAACAACUAAGCCUUUGUAUUGAGCUGGUGCAAGGACGCAAGGCUUGCUUGGGAUCCAGA